AAGAAAGAAAAGGAAAGAGAAUGUAAGACUUAGUGUACUAGAAAGGAAAAUAGCUUAAGGUGGUGGUGUUUUGCUUACGGGGGAACUAUACUGAGCAGCAACUCCAUAGUCAUCGACUACUAUUUCCGAGCAAUGACCAGGAAGUUUAGUGGAUACUUGUGUACACGGUAAUUUGGAAGUAGAAGUCCACCAGUGUACCCGAAUUAUGUCAGAUCCUCUGAGAGCAGCGUAUAAUUAUGGGGCUUCAUUGAAGGCUGGAGACUUUUCUUUUACCCAGUAUGGCCUCACUCUCGAGUUUCGAUCGUCGCGUCAACAACCCCCGUUGUUCGUUUAGCACAAAUGGUUGCCUGUGCCCGUCGCUGCGCCCGAGUGCUCGGGUGACAAAACGACCCAAGGAUUCCCACCAGCCCCAGUUUUCACAUCUGGAUUCUGGAUGCCGGAUGGGCCUUGGAAGGUUUGAAACCGAAAAGCGAAGGGGGCCGGAGUCAUCUUCAUUAGUUAGGAAGUUAAGGUCGGGGUUGGUGGACUAAUCGAGGAUGGAGGGAGGACAGUCGGUAUCUAGUCUACUUUUUCUAUCUUUUUUUGCACUGAUCACUCCAAGUGGAGCGUGCGUGCC